CCUGGGCGGGGGCGGGGGCGGCGCCACCAAGGAGCAGAUGCUGCUCGCGCGCGACCCGCUGCUGUCCAGCGGCGCGCUUAGGCAGACCAACAUGACGCCCGGCCUGCGCUACCGCAACCUGGGCAAGAGCGGCCUCCGCGUCUCCAACGUCGGCCUGGGCACCUGGGUGACGUUCGGCCCCGGCGUGACGGAGAGCGAGGCCGAGAAUGUGGUGGUGCUGGCCUACGAGUCGGGCGUCAAUCUGUUCGACGUGAGCGAGGCGCACUGCGGGCCGCGGGCCGAGCUGGAGCUGGGCAGAAUCCUGCAGCGCCGCGGCUGGAAGCGCUCCUCCUACGUGGUCUGCACCAAGAUCUACUGGAACUCCAAGUCCGACGAGCGGGGCCUCUCCCGGAAGCACAUCAUCGAGUCCGUGAAGGCGUCGCUGGCACGGCUGCAGCUGGCGUACAUCGACGUGGUCCUCAUUCACAAGGCGGACCCCAUGUGCCCCAUGGAGGAGGUGGUGCGGGCGAUGCACCACGUCGUGUGCCAGGGCUGGGCCAUGUACUGGGGCACGGCGCGCUGGACGCCCGGCGAGGUCAUGGAGGCCUACUCCAACUGCAGGCAGUUCAACUGCACGACCCCGGUGUGCGAGCAGGCCGAGUACCACUUGUUCUGCCGGGACAAAGCCGAGCUCUACAUGCCGGAGCUGUACAAUAAGAUAGGCGUGGGACUGAUGGCGUGGUCUCCUCUGACCAUGGGACUUAUUUCGGGUAAAUUCGACGAAGCAGGGUUUCCUCUAAUUAGUAGAUCGUCUUUCAAGAGCAAACGCUCAUCAUACAGUUGGACUGAGGACGAAACAACAGCCGCGGCCAGCAAGGAGACGUACGCGUGGAUCAAGGAGCGGCUGGAGCCGGAGGAGCUGCGCCGCCAGCAGGACCGGCAGCGCGAGAUCUGCCUGGUGGCGGAGCGGCUGGGCUGCACCGUGCCGCAGCUGGCCGUGGCCUGGUGCCUCAAGAACGAGAGCGUGCAGUGCCUGCUGCUCGGCGCCACCUCGCCCGCGCAGCUGUACGAGAGCAUCCAGAGCCUCCAGCUGGUGCCCAAGCUCAACGCCACCACCAUGACGGACCUGGAGCGCAUCCUGGACAACAAGCCCACCAGGCCCCCCAUCGUGUCCACCCUGGCGCUUAGAUGACAAACAGUCUGCCCCCCCGGGGGCGUCGGCGGCGUCUCCGGGGGGGCCUCCCCCAAAGACGAGGACGGCCGGGCCCUCGGGGAGGAGCAGACACUCACAUCGGCCCCGAAAUCACCAGAAAACAAGUCCACGACGGACGAAACCCGCUGUUUCCCGCUCCCCGAAAACGCGUCCUGCGCCAACCUGGGCAGCGUGUCCUUCUGCGCGGUGCAGUGACGGUACCCGGCCCCCGGCUCGCCCCCUCGGCCGGCCGCGGGGCCCGGCGCUGCAGCCCCUGCAGCAGCCACCGCCGCCUCCACCCCCGCCUCUCCGCCCGACGCGUCCAUCCCGGGCUCCAUCCCGGGCACCGCCAUCACCCCUAUCACGGCCACCACGGCGCCUGUCAGCAUCCUGGCGCGGAAAGGGUCGCGUGGACGCCCGCCCUCGCCCGUUCUCAUCUAAGUCCGGGCAAACGGUGCGGCUAAGAAGAGCGUUCAAUAAAGCGGUCUCGGCAGAACUGUUUCAAUGUCCAAACCGCAUUGAAAUUUUUACUUUCUUCAAGUGGUAAAGUGUAUUACUGCCAUAUUCUACUUUUGACCGUGGCUGUUCUAUUGUACCAACAAAUUUCUGUACGAAUACUGAGUGAAAACUUUUAGUGCCUUUCACCCUGCCUCAAGUGGACAGAUACAGAGUGGAAAGUAAUGCAAACUGUUACCUUUAGUACAUGUGUCCAUGUCCAUCCAUAUAUGGUGAGCCGACAAGACUUUGUCGGAUGCUCUGAUUGAUCUCUCACAAGAUGUAGUGUUUUGUAAGAGAAAAAUGUCUAAUAAAAUGUUAAUGUAAUGUCAUUGUUAUGGAUAGAUUUAUUAUAUGGUAUUGCAAGUCUCUGACAGUUCCUGUUUUAUAAAGUUUGGAUCUUAAGUAAAUAAUUUUUCCCUUUGUCAUUGUCAGUCAUACCUUCCAUUUUUUUAAAUUGUUGUUACUGUCUUCUUUGGAAAAUGUUAUAAGAGAUGUUAUUUACCGCAAUCCAUUUUGUUAUUAACUUAAAAUUUUAUUAUUAAGCCUUGAUUAGCAGCAACUUUGUUCUUUUAAAAUUACUAUCAAGCGCACUUGUCUUUUGGUGAAUGUAUGGUUUUGCCAGUGACUUAUCGCUCAUAAACGUAUAUAGGUCCCAUUUUGUAAUACCUGUCCUGCAAAGGGACCAUAAAUGUGGGAAUACUAGUGAGUUUAUUUUAAUUCUUGAGAGACUAGGAAAGCUACUGAAGCAUUAUAGCCUUCUUGGCAGAUACAGCACAAAAAAUAAUUUUUUUGACUUCAGUUGAAAAUGAAGUCAUGAUAGGAGAAUUGCCGCCGUCCUUCUUCUUUAGAAGAUACUGCCAUAUUGGCAAUAAAGGGCCAUUCUUUGUCAAAUUUUUCUUUGCUUCAGAGCGCCUUUUAAGAGUGCAUCCCAACCCAAAAUCAUUAAAAGUUAUUCUGGAUAUUUGUACUCAGGGAUGUAAUACAGUGAAAGCUUUUUUUUAGAAAUGAACGCAUAGACCUGGAGCUCAAGUUUAGCAGCUCAUUGCUCAUGAGCCCUCACCACCUUUACGCCUUAACAUAGAGUUACUGUAAUCGUCAAGUCAUGCUAUCAUGUUCUUUUUUCACUCAUUGAUUUAUUGGCAAAACUUGAUUGAAGUGACAGGAAUGGCCCUCAAAGUGUUCUUUACAUCCAUAUCUCCUCAUUUACUGGUGGAUAUUGUGAUAGUCUGUUAUCAAAUUAUGUGCAUUGUUUAUUUGUUUGUUUUUCCAUUAUUUUCUUUAUGUGUACAUAUUGUAUACUCACAUUAAGAACAUGAAUGAAUGCCCAAAGAUGUCAGUAAAUACCUCAUCACCCAGAGGACAGAAAAUAUUGUGAUAGAGACAAAUAAAACCCUAUCAACUGAUGUUAGUCAUAUUGGUGCAGCAAAACUUAAACGGAAAGCUCACAAUAUCUUCCAAUCUUAUUUUUGUUGAUAAGGCUGUACGUAAUGUAUUGAGGAAUACUAGCAAAAUCAUUUAGUAAUCAUUAAUGAGGGUUUGUCAAAUUGUGAUCCAGAGUCAGCACAUAGUAAUAUUUGUGGCUCUUCUCUACUAGCAAGAGGCAUAAAAGGAUUUUAAUUUCUGGUCUUUAUUUAAUUUUCUUUUCUCAAUGGCUCAAUGUAAUGUAGAAUAUCAUAUAAAAUCAUUCCCUGUUUACAUAUAAUUAAACAGACCAAUUUCUUGAAAUUCUCUAAAGAAAUUUAGAUUCAAAAGCCAACUCAGGUAACUGGGCAUCUAAAUUUUUUAAAUUCUAGUUAACUUGUCCAAUAUUUCAGACAUUUGGGGAUAUGCACUAGAGCCUUAUUUGCUUACUUGGUGCACCGUUUAAUUUUCAAAGACCUAGAAAAACACUUAUACUUUCAUUUGUUGUUUAAAAAAAUCAUAGAUAUGAUACUAGUUACAGGAUAAACUUAUAAUAUUAUUUCUUUGAAAGUGAACUCACUCAGCAUCAUGAUAGUCAAAGUUCUCUGUUGACCUUUCUUUCUGUUUGUAGAGCCUAAUAAAUACCUAUCUAAUUAAUUUUGAGACAGUUUUGUCUGGUUUAUCAGGUAAAUAAUUUCAGCUUAAUCAAAGAAUCAUCUAACUAAUAUUGCUUGUUAACAAUUCAAGAUGUAUAUAAAUUUAUAUUCAACUUUUCUGCUAAAUAGAGGGUACCAUACAAAUGAAGUUAGCUGAUAAAGGAUUUUCUUUCCAAAUUUCAUUUAUCUGGAAUGCAAUAAACAAAAGCAUUGCUUAUUCUGUAUGGUUAGGAUAUCAAACCAAAGAGAUAUUUCUACCGCAAGUGAGUUUUGUAUCAGAGAAAAUAAAAACAGAGCCUGCUAGUUCAAUGCAGAAAUAGUACAAAUCAAUUUAUCUGCAUGAUACAGAAGUCUUUCAACCAACUGCUUAUUCAUAAUUCUUACCAUAACGUUGUUACAAUACUGCAGAAAGCAGUUUUGGACAUCAAAGUGUGUAAAAAUUGGGAGGUUGGGUCGUUCCAAAUAGUACUUGUCCAAAUUCUUGUACCUUUGCAAUUUGUGAGGUCCACCGUUCCCCCUCUUUCCCAUUCACACCGCAUUAUCGACAUUGUGUACAACAAACUAGUGUUCAGAACAAAACUGUUUGGAACUUUUCAACUAUCCUCAAUGAAAUACUUUUACUGUUGAGAGUUAGGCUGUUUGAACAUAAAGUUUAAGCACCAAAAUUUUUAAAUGGACAAUGAAAAGUGAAUUACCAUUCACUUUAUUGGAUUGUUGAUCCAGAUAUUUUCAAUUCAAGUAUUACCUUAUUGCAUUUUUCCUAUGUAACAUCUUAGAUUUAACAGCAUUACUUCCUUGAAUUAACAAAUAGAUAGAAUUUUCAGUUCAUAAAAAAAUUAUUAAAUUGUAAAAUUCUUAAUUGGUCCUUUUUUUUUCUGUUCACUUAUGCGUGUGCAUUGUUUUCUAUUGUCUUGCUGUGUUCUCAAUGAGACUUCUGCCAAUGCACACUGUGUGUCCCGAGCGAGUUUAAUAACUUCACAAAUAACUCUCCAGGACAAUGUUGGCUCUGCUGUGAUUUCAGUACAAUAGGUACUUAAAUGCUUACAUUAUGAGCUAUGUAUUAUAAAUUGUAGUGUUGUACAUAGAUAUAAAUUUGGAAAGGUUGUAAUGGAAGAACACAUACUGGCAAUUCCAUUAAAAAUUGUAGAAAGUGUUACAGUGACAGCAUUCGUGAGCGACUGUAAAGUGCUCUCGUUGUUUAGGCAUAUUACCAUGCGCAUCAAUGAAAGACGCUUCUAGGUAUGUGUUGCAACAUUAUGAAGAAUCUCUCAGUCGUCCACAAAUGCCUUUACAUACAGAUGUCACUUCAUGGAAUUGCCCAUAGGUGAAAUGGUCUAUGGUUGGAUGUCAGCACAAACCUGGCCAAGUUUGGUUAAUUAAUGCAACAUGAUUACUGUGAAAUGACAAGGAGUUGUCUGUAAUCUUGUGUGGAAUAUAAACUGUAAUUCCGUUUUAGGGAUUACUUUCAAACAAACAAA